AAAACAACUCUCCUCUCAAUUCUCAUGUGAUUGCUUUAAUACCACCACCAAUACUACCUAUCUCUCUUUCAACACACACCGCUAUCUAUCUCAAAAAACCAACAUCAACUUGUUGUCAAUGAAUUGACUGUAUGAAUCAUCAUGAAAGACUUGUCCUUCCUUCUCCUCAAGAACUCCCUGGGUUUCAAGAUGAAAAAGGGUUUCAAGAACUUGUGCAGUGGUGAUGGCUCCACCUCUACUCUAAACCAGCAAAUCAAUCCUGAUCAUCACCCAACCCUCGAGGAGAUGAUCAUGCAUUUGGAUUUGGAGGAGAAAAUGGCCAGAAGAGCUAAGCUAGAGGACUACGGUGACGUUCAUCAUAGGAUGUCUUGUGUCAACAGUUCCGACAUCUUACGCUCUGCCAGAAACGCCCUCAAUCAGUACCCUAGGUUUUCUCUUGAUGGCAAGGAUGCUAUGUAUCGCUCUUCCUUUCGCAACUUUGAUCAUGUCAAUCUCACCACCCGCAAAUCAAUUGACCAUGGUCGUUGGAUUGGUUUGCCUGCAAAAGUUGCAGGGGAGAGGGUCAUCUGGUGCAAGCCAGGGGUCGUCGGUAAGCUAAUGGGGCUUGAGGCAAUGCCCAUUCCCGUAAGACUAAACCACAGAAUGAACUCUUCUAUUCUUAGGAAGCAAAAUCUGAGGAGGAGAAGUUCAGAAAUGGAAAGGAGAAAACUUGAUAGCAAUCGUACAUGCGGAGUUGGUUCUUGUUCAAAACCCGCUACUGGAUACUGUGUAAUGAAGCCAACAGCAGUAGAGAUAUCAAGGAAUGAAGUGGGUUGGCCCAUGCGUCGGUUUCUGUAGGUUUUGGACGAGUCAACUUACAGCUGAAUUCACAAAGACUUUCUUUUCCAGAAACUAGCUAGUGGAACUCAAUCUCAAUUAUAAAAGGCCAGAGGUUUAGGGUUGUAUUAGAUCUUGUUUCAAUUGUUAAGGAUAAUCAACUAGUUGAAGAAUUUGCUGCAAUGAUGUCAUGUAGGUGUGUGUUCUGUAUACCUUAAGUUUGAUUAUCUUUUUGUCUUUCUUGUGUUUUACAACUCCACAUCUCAGGAAAUAAUAUUAGUAAUAUGACCUCUACAGAG